UUGGACACAUGAAGAUUUUCUUAAAACAAUGAAUGGAUACAGAUCCAACAAAGAGUAAGUUGAAUUUUAUACACAUCUUUUAGAAGAUGAAAAAUGUCUUGAUUGUUUUGCUGUUUCUGUUUCUUUCGUUGAACAAAAGUUUGAACGAUGAUGAAAUUUUGGCAUCAACUUUCACUGAAUCAGCCAAUAUCGAUCUACCAGAAUCUGUGGACUGGCGCGACAAAGGAGAUGUUACCAGAGUAAGAGAUCAAGGAAGUUGUGGUUCUUGUUAUUCUUUUGCUGUAGUCGGUGCCAUCGAAAUCCAUUAUUCCAUCAAAACUGGUCACUUAUUGUCGUUAUCUGAACAGAAUGUCAUCGAUUGUUCAAAAUCAUAUGGAAAUAAUGGUUGCAAUGGCGGAGAUCUAGAUUCGGCAAUGAAUUAUAUCCGUGAUCAUGGUAUAUAUACAAGAAAAUCGUAUCCCUACCGUGGUUACGAUCAUCAUUGCAUGUUGCGUGCGAAAAAAUCGAGAGUCAAUGUUAAAGGAUUUAUGCGUAUUCCAAGUGGUAAUGAAAUAGAGCUACAAAAAGCUCUUGCUUUCCAUGGUCCCGUUGCAGUGUCGAUUGAUUCUUCACAUGAUACUUUUCGUCAUUAUAUGGAUGGCAUCUAUCAUGACCACAGAUGUAGCAGUGCAACAGAAAACCUAGAUCACUCUGUAUUACUCGUUGGGUAUGGGACUGAUGAAUACGACAGAGACUAUUACAUUGCUAAAAAUAGCUAUGGAGAUAGCUGGGGAGAUCAAGGCUAUUUCCGGAUUUCCCGUAAUCACAACAAUCAUUGUGGCAUUGCCACAGAUGCUUUAUUUCCUAUCGUUUAA